CCGAAACGCCGGUUGCCAGUAUACCUCAGACUUCACGAGAUACGGCUGAAAACCGCGCAUCCAACGCUCUUGCGUAAAAUAAGUUAUCUGUGGUUUAUUUUUCGCGGGAAAUAAUUGUGACGCAUUUUAAAAAUUUGAAUUUAGAAGUUAUGUUUUAUUUGUAGUAACUUUUUAUUGUGUUGAUUGUUAUAGUUUGUAGGCGAAAUUUCUUAAGCAGUUGUUUAGAGGUGUGAUGUCAGGAUGCUGGAGGAGUUACGACCGACAGACACAUCGAACUGGAGCACGACGAAUGAACAAGACUUCUACAUAACAUUCUACGAUCAGACAAGCGGACAAUAUGUUAAUAACACCCAGAAUAUUACACAGGUUUACCAAUCAUUCAUUUUACCAUGGUGGCGACAACUUCUUUGGACCGUGCUUUUCGCCGGUAUGGUCGUGGUUUCGACUGUGGGCAACCUCGUCGUAAUAUGGAUAGUUCUAGCAAAUAAACGUAUGAGAAGUGUGACAAACUAUUUUCUUGUGAAUCUAUCAAUAGCGGACGCAAUGAUGUCAACAUUGAAUGUUACAUUCAAUUUCACAUACAUGCUGUACUCGGAUUGGCCGUUUGGACAUUUUUACUGCAAAUUCUGCCAAUUUGUUGCAGUAUUGAGCAUAUCUGCAUCGGUGCUUACUCUCAUGGCUAUCAGUAUUGAUCGGUACGUAGCAAUAAUGAGCCCUCUCCGACAGAGGUUGGGGAAGCGCGCGACGCUUGGGAUAGCAGCCGCGAUUUGGGCUAUCAGUUGUGUGGUCAGUAGUCCCAAUUUCCUCUACUUCACCACUGAAACUGAUCUAUUACCAGAUGGAAAUGUAAGACGCAUAUGCUUUCCUGAUUGGCCGGAUGGUAUCACGACAAGAUCCCAAUUAGAAUACGUGUAUAACGUAAUGUUUAUGUUGUUGACAUACUUUCUACCAAUAAUGUCAAUGAGUUACACCUACUCCAAAGUCGGAGUCGAGUUGUGGGGCUCCAAAUCCAUUGGUGAAUGUACCCAGCGGCAAUUGGACAAUGUUAAAAGCAAACGAAGGGUGGUGAAAAUGAUGAUAGUUGUCGUUGUGAUAUUCGCCGUAUGUUGGCUGCCGUUCCACGUUUAUUUUAUCGUGACGUCAUAUUACCCAGACGUGGUCAACUACGAGUACAUACAGGAAAUAUAUCUCGGGAUCUAUUGGCUUGCGAUGAGCAAUUCCAUGUAUAACCCUAUUAUUUACUGUUGGAUGAAUUCCAAAUUUCGUCGUGGCUUCAAACAAUUCUUCUGGUGUUGUGGUGCGUUGGGUAAUGGUGGAUUCAACCGGCACAGAGGCUUCGGCCCAGAUCUACCCGAUAUGUCCAUGAGAUCUGUGUCUCCAAGCCGUAAAAAUGGUACAAGUAUGUUCAAGACGACAUUCAAAAUGACAAAAUCGAGAAAGUCCGGAUCUCCACAAUUUCUACAUGUCAAUAAAUAGAUGAGCGGUGACCAAGCCUUGGCACGAUGCGAAUCUCGCUUCACAGCACAUAUAACAAUACAAUGAUGAGCAGCAUUUGACAUCGGCGCGGCACGACCGCGCGGCGCGGUGACUUCUCUGUAAAUGACCCGCAAACCGGAAACGGUGACGAACGGACAUGGAUUUGACGAGCAUACCGCCCUCGACAUACUCCUACGCCUCAAGAACUCUAUGGUUGAGUAUAUUCUGUAUAAAUGAUUCUAUGUAAUUAGGAAAUAAACAUUUAUGAUGUGUAGAAUGUAAAUAUUAUUUAUGUAACUUUAAAAUUUUAAUGUUGAGAUAUCUUACUAUUCAAUGUAAAUUUUAAAAUUGUGGACACAAGCUAACAAGCACUAAUACACUGGUACAUUUGUGUAACGAAUGUUUCAUAUGCGUGAGUCAUCUGACUAUUACUAUAUUAUAAAGUACGUAAUAAACGGUUGACAAGACCUUCCGUCACUGAACAAUCUUAAAAAAAAUUGUCUAUAUUAAAAGUCUGUAGACUACGGUAAAGCACUCCUCGAAACGUUUAGUUAUGAAUGUAAUAAAUUAUCAUUUAUGUUCGUCAAAUACAUUUUAUACUACAAUUCUCGAGACAAUGGCUUUAUAUAACUUUUAUAAGAACUUCAAUGUUGUUUGGAUGUAUUUAUAGUAUAGUCAAAUUGUGUUUACCCUGAUAAAAGAGACGAAACAUUUCUUUUGUUAAAGUUGUGCUUAAAUUAAUUCAUAUACAGUUAUAAACAGUCGUGCUAGAAGUGGUCAUAAAUAAUAAACUGAUAGUUUUUAUAAGUAAUAAUUAUUUUAGUUAAUGGAGUGUUAGUCACAAUUUCCAAAUAGAAGUUUUAAUAAAAGGUUAUAAGUAAAAUUGACGUCCCAAAUCCCUGCAUAAUGAGAAAACUCGAGCGACUUACAACUUGAAAAUUAUUUAUAUCAUACUCGAGAAUUUAGGGGCAAUAAAAUUUUCAUGAGAUCCGUAUUAUUAAAAAUUUCAUCUAAUAAAAAUAGCAAUAUAACUCGCCCAUACUUUAUUAGUUUUAAUAGAUUUCACCGGAAUGCCAUAAUAAAAUAUUGACUAUUUCCGUUAUACGGAAUAAAUCAAUAAAAAAAUUACUAUAUAUUGCUUUAUAGUAUACCAGCGAUUUAGAAAUAUCAUCUAUAAUGCCCACUGAUCACUCUACCAACUUCGAUUUGCAUUUCAAAGACGUCCUAAGCAAAGACAGUUGAAAUUAAAUUGUAUUUACCAUCUCAAGGGUAUCUUUGUCUUUAAAUGAAGUAUGGAUUUGUUAUGAAGAACGAUUCUUGUAUAUAAAAAAAAAUGUAUUCCUUUAAUUUAACUCGUAAGAACCUAUAUAGGAUAUUUAUUGUUAACUUAAACUGUAUAAUUAAUGUACAUAUAAAUGUAUUUAGGUAGAAUUUAAUAAGGUUAUUGCGAGACUGUUGUGUUUCUAAUUAGUUUUAUUCCAAUGCAAUUUAAUAUGCAAACACCAAACAUAAAUUACCAAA